CGGCCGCCGCCGCCCCCUCCCCGCCCAGAGGCGCCCCGGGGGCACCAUGCAGGCGCAGCAGCUGCCGUACGAGUUUUUCAGCGAAGAGAACGCGCCCAAGUGGCGGGGGCUGCUGGUGCCAGCGCUGAAAAAGGUCCAAGGGCAAGUUCAUCCUACACUUGAGUCUAAUGAUGAUGCCCUUCAGUAUGUUGAAGAAUUAAUUUUGCAAUUAUUGAAUAUGCUAUGCCAAGCUCAGCCCCGAAGUGUUUUAGAUGUGGAGGAACGUGUUCAAAAAAGUUUCCCUCAUCCAAUUGAUAAGUGGGCAAUAGCUGAUGCCCAAUCGGCUAUUGAAAAGAGGAAGCGAAGAAACCCUUUAUCUCUCCCAGUAGAAAAAAUUCAUCCUUUAUUAAAGGAGGUCCUAGGUUAUAAAAUUGACCACCAAGUUUCUGCUUACAUAGUAGCAGUAUUAGAAUACAUUUCUGCAGACAUUUUAAAGCUGGUGGGGAAUUAUGUACGAAAUAUACGGCACUAUGAAAUUACAAAACAAGAUAUUAAAGUGGCAAUGUGUGCCGAUAAGGUAUUGAUGGAUAUGUUUCAUCAAGAUGUAGAAGAUAUAAAUGUAUUAUCUUUAACUGAUGAAGAGCCUUCCACUUCAGGAGAGCAAACCUAUUAUGAUUUGGUAAAAGCAUUUAUGGCAGAAAUUCGACAAUAUAUAAGGGAGCUAAAUCUAAUUAUAAAAGUUUUUAGAGAGCCCUUUGUCUCCAAUUCAAAAUUGUUUUCAACCAAUGAUGUAGAAAAUAUAUUUAGUCGUAUAGUAGAUAUACAUGAACUUAGUGUAAAGUUAUUGGGCCACAUAGAAGACACUGUAGAAAUGACAGAUGAAGGCAGUCCCCAUCCAUUAGUAGGAAGCUGCUUUGAAGACUUAGCAGAGGAACUGGCAUUUGAUCCGUAUGAAUCCUAUGCUCGAGAUAUUUUGCGGCCUGGUUUUCAUGAUCGUUUCCUUAGUCAGUUAUCAAAGCCUGGAGCGGCACUCUAUUUGCAGUCAAUAGGCGAAGGUUUCAAAGAAGCUGUUCAAUAUGUUUUACCCAGGCUACUUCUAGCCCCUAUUUACCACUGUCUACAUUACUUUGAGCUUUUGAAGCAGUUAGAAGAAAAGAGUGAAGAUCAAGAAGACAAGGAAUGUGUGAAACAAGCAAUAACAGCUUUGCUUAAUGUUCAGAGUGGUAUGGAAAAAAUAUGUUCUAAAAGUCUUGCAAAACGAAGACUGAGUGAAUCUGCAUGUCGGUUUUAUAGUCAACAAAUGAAGGGGAAACAACUAGCAAUCAAGAAAAUGAACGAGAUUCAGAAGAAUAUCGAUGGUUGGGAGGGAAAAGACAUUGGACAGUGUUGCAAUGAGUUUAUAAUGGAAGGAACUCUUACACGUGUAGGAGCUAAACAUGAGAGACACAUAUUUCUCUUUGAUGGCUUAAUGAUUUGCUGUAAAUCAAAUCAUGGGCAGCCAAGACUUCCUGGUGCUAGCAAUGCAGAAUAUCGUCUUAAAGAAAAAUUUUUUAUGAGAAAGGUACAGAUUAAUGACAAAGAUGACACCAAUGAGUACAAGCAUGCUUUUGAAAUAAUUUUAAAAGAUGAAAAUAGUGUUAUAUUUUCUGCCAAGUCAGCUGAAGAGAAAAACAAUUGGAUGGCAGCAUUGAUAUCUUUACAGUACCGGAGUACACUGGAAAGGAUGCUUGAUGUAACAAUGCUACAGGAAGAGAAGGAGGAGCAGAUGAGGCUUCCUAGUGCUGAUGUUUAUAGAUUUGCAGAGCCUGACUCUGAAGAGAAUAUAAUAUUUGAAGAAAACAUGCAACCCAAGGCUGGAAUUCCAAUUAUCAAAGCAGGAACUGUUAUUAAACUCAUAGAGAGGCUUACAUACCAUAUGUAUGCAGAUCCCAAUUUUGUUCGGACAUUUCUUACAACAUACAGAUCCUUUUGCAAACCUCAGGAACUACUGAGUCUUAUUAUAGAAAGGUUUGAAAUUCCAGAGCCUGAGCCAACAGAAGCUGAUCGCAUAGCUAUAGAGAAUGGAGAUCAACCCCUUAGUGCAGAAUUAAAAAGGUUUAGAAAAGAAUAUAUACAGCCUGUACAACUGCGAGUAUUAAAUGUAUGUCGGCACUGGGUCGAGCACCACUUCUAUGAUUUUGAAAGAGAUGCAGAUCUUUUGCAGCGAAUGGAAGAAUUUAUUGGAACAGUAAGAGGUAAAGCAAUGAAGAAAUGGGUUGAAUCCAUCACUAAAAUAAUCCAAAGGAAAAAAAUUGCAAGAGACAAUGGACCAGGUCAUAAUAUUACAUUUCAGAGUUCACCUCCCUCUAUUGAGUGGCAUAUAAGCAAACCUGGGCAUACAGAGACUUUUGACCUGCUCACAUUACAUCCAAUAGAAAUUGCUCGACAACUCACUUUACUUGAAUCAGAUCUCUACCGAGCUGUACAGCCAUCAGAAUUAGUUGGAAGUGUAUGGACAAAAGAAGACAAAGAAAUUAAUUCUCCUAAUCUUCUAAAAAUGAUCCGGCACACCACUAACCUCACUCUGUGGUUUGAAAAAUGUAUCGUGGAAACUGAAAACUUGGAAGAAAGAGUAGCAGUGGUGAGUCGAAUAAUUGAGAUUCUACAAGUCUUUCAAGAGCUGAAUAACUUCAAUGGUGUUCUUGAGGUUGUUAGUGCUAUGAACUCAUCACCUGUUUACAGACUAGACCACACAUUUGAGCAAAUACCAAGUCGCCAAAAGAAAAUUUUAGAAGAAGCUCAUGAAUUGAGUGAAGAUCACUAUAAGAAAUAUUUGGCAAAACUCAGGUCUAUUAAUCCACCAUGCGUGCCUUUCUUUGGAAUUUAUUUAACUAAUAUCUUGAAAACAGAAGAAGGCAACCCUGAGGUCCUAAAAAGACAUGGAAAAGAACUUAUAAACUUCAGCAAAAGGAGGAAAGUAGCAGAAAUAACAGGAGAGAUCCAGCAGUACCAAAAUCAGCCUUACUGUUUACGAGUAGAAUCAGGUAUCAAAAAGUUCUUUGAAAACUUGAAUCCAAUGGGAAAUAGCAUGGAAAAAGAAUUUACAGAUUAUCUUUUCAACAAAUCCCUAGAAAUAGAACCACGAAACCCUAAGCCUCUCCCAAGAUUUCCAAAAAAAUAUAGCUAUCCCCUAAAAUCUCCUGGUGUCCGUCCAUCAAACCCAAGACCUGGCACCAUGCGACAUCCCACACCUCUGCAGCAGGAGCCAAGGAAGAUUAGUUAUAGUCGGAUCCCUGAAAACGAAACAGAAAGUACAGCAUCUGCACCAAAUUCUCCAAGAACACCGUUAACACCUCCUCCUGCUUCUGGUGCUUCCAGUGCCACAGAUGUUUGCAGCGUAUUUGAUUCUGAUCAUUCGAGCCCUUUUCACUCAAGCAGCGAUACCGUCUUUAUCCAAGUUACACUGCCCCAUGGCCCAAGAUCUGCUUCAGUAUCAUCUAUAAGUUUAACCAAGGGCACUGAUGAGGUGCCUGUCCCCCCUCCUGUUCCUCCACGAAGACGACCAGAAUCUGCCCCAGCGGAAUCUUCGCCAUCUAAGAUGAUGUCUAAGCAUUUGGACAGUCCCCCAGCAAUUCCUCCUAGGCAACCCACAUCUAAAGUCUAUUCACCACGAUACUCAAUAUCGGACCGGACCUCUGUAUCAGACCCUCCUGAAAGCCCUCCCUUGUUACCACCACGAGAACCUGUGAGGACACCUGAUGUUUUCUCAAGCUCACCACUGCAUCUCCAACCUCCCCCUUUGGGUAAAAAAAGUGACCACAGCAAUGCAUUCUUCCCAAACAGCCCUUCCCCCUUUACACCACCUCCUCCUCAAACACCUUCUCCUCAUGGCACGAGAAGGCAUCUGCCAUCACCACCAUUGACACAAGAAGUGGACCUUCAUUCCAUUGCUGGGCCGCCUGUUCCUCCACGACAAAGCACUUCUCAACAUAUCCCUAAACUCCCUCCAAAAACUUACAAAAGGGAGCACACACACCCAUCCAUGCACAGAGACGGACCACCGCUGUUGGAGAAUGCCCAUUCGUCCUGAGUUCCUCUGUACUGGGGAGUACACUUUCCUAGCCUCAAAUCCGUUGCUGGCGAUGGAUGCACUGAGCAUGCCAGCACUGAGGGGUUACAAUGAGAGCUCCAAACACUAAUGACUCUGCUUCAAGAUGCAGUAUAACACAAUGGAUUUUAACCUAGACGUUUAUUAUACACUGACAGUGGUAUUCCAGUUUAGAAUACGGAAAGACUGUUCUAGAGGAAUUGGACAACUGGUUGCACCUGAAAAUCAAGUAAAGGGACUUUUUCCAGCCACUAGGCAGGAGCCCUCUUUUUGUGAAGUGAUCUUUAUCAUUAAAGGGAUGGAAAACACAGUCUAGUGUCCAGCAGGCCCACAUAAUGACAGUUUUUGUAAUUCAAAAUAUGCACUUUUAAAAAAAAAAACAAAAAACAGGGAUCUUAAUACCCUCCUUUGUUUUUCUUUGCUUUACUCUUCCUACUUUAGAAUAUUUUCUUAAAAAUCAUUAAAAGGACUGUGAGGAAAGGCUGUGGUACCUGACCUUGUUGGACUCAAGGCCCAGCACUGUACUACAGUCCUGUUUACAGAUUAUUACAGUGAAUUAAAU